GACAUUUCCUGUACUGCGACACUCAUCUGCCAUUUCAUACGGAUCUUUUCAAUGAAUCGGUUCACAAAAACAACCUGAACGAUUCUUCCAAGCAUCUGUCCGAACGGUUAACUCACGCGAGCUUAAUGAGGGGAUUUAAUGUAAAAGAAAAGUUACUUUCAGAUCAGAAAUAGCAUAAAAUAAACAUACUGGAAUUAUUUCAACGCUACAGUAACACUAGGUGGCGGUAGUGCACUUUUUAUUUUUGAGACUCGCCGUCAAAUAAACACAAAGAAGAAGAAGCGAAAGGUUAAUCGAGGGAAAACAGAUACUGCAGGGCCUGAUGGACGUGAAAGAGGAAAGUGAAGAACUGGGGUCAAUGGAAGUCAAAGAGGAAAGAGAAGAACUGUAUAUGGAUGAGAAGGAGCCUGAGUAUCAAGAACCUUUUAGUUGCCCCGAGACUGAAAACAAUUUAUCAGUAAAAAGAAGUAAAAAACCAAGAGCCAAGAUAUGUGUAACCUGCCCUCAUUGUGGAAGGAGCUUUUCACAAAAAGGACACCUGAACACUCACAUGAGAGUCCACACCGGAGAGAGACCUUUUACCUGCAUGUACUGUGGAAAGAGUUUCAAACAAAAGGACUACCUUAAAGAUCACUUACUAAUUCACACAGUAGGAAAGGCAGCCACAUGCCUUCAGUGUGGGAAAAAAAUUAGUAAUAAGAAAAAUUUGAAAAAGCAUAAUCUCUUACACUCUGGAGUAAGACCAUACAGCUGCGAUCAGUGUGAUAAAACAUUUAUUUUGGCUUUUCAACUGAAAAGACAUCAGGCAGUUCAUCUAAAGGAGAAGCCGUUCUCGUGUACUUUAUGUGGAAAGAGUUUUUCACGGUUGGAUUGUUUGAAAGUGCACCAGACAUUACAUACUGGUGCGAAAGAUCAUGUUUGCUCUGAGUGUGGGGAUUGCUUUCCUAAAGCCUAUUAUUUGCGACAGCACCAAAAAGUCCAUACUGGAGAAAAACCUUACAAGUGUUCAUACUGUGGAAAGGGUUUCACUCACAGUGGAUCGGUGACGGCACAUGAGAGAGUUCACACUGGAGAGAAGCCGUACCACUGCUCAUUGUGUGGAAAGAGCUUCAGCCAGUUAGGUGGUCAACAGACCCAUAUGAAAAAACAUUGCCCAGCGCUGAAAACAUGUAUUGAAUUGGUUACUGAAAAAUAAAUCUUUUUUUUAAAAAAUGAAGCAAUGUUACUUGGUUACAUUCAGGGUGAAAACACUUUGCCUGACAUUUUUUCCCCAUUUGAACUAUAUAAAGUAAUUUACCAUAGGCUUAUAUAGAAAUGAAAUUGAAAUACAUUUUUCAAAUGCUGUUGUGGUUUAAUGGAAUGUUUUAGAGCAUAUAAAGACUACUGUAUCAUAUUUGAUACACAAAUUUCUAUUCUAAGACCUUUAAAUUAUUAACAUGAUCAAAACUUUGUUUAAUAACCUGUUAAACACAAUCUAUACAUGCUCUCUGUUGUCUGAUUUAUAGUUGUUAAUGCUCUUUUAGAAAAUAAAAAUGUCCACUUUCAGGUCAUGGUACACGUGUCUUUUUGCUGUGAAAUCUUUAAUGAUUUUCAUGAAGUAAAACAUGGUUUAAAAUCAUUAAAAUGCGAAACACAUCA